UUCUUCACGCUUACUCGCUCACGUAGACACAUAGAAUAUAGAUAUAGAGGCACUUACCUGUCCUUAUAUAAUCAAACACAUCGGUAAAUUUAGGACGAUGUCAGACACAAAAGUGAUAUACUCUGGUUCUACUGAUGAAGCAUCUCCAGAAUUGUUUAAUAUUCAGGCAAAGCCUCCGGCGCCAAAGGAAAGAAAGAAAGGACAGCUGCAAGAUGAACUAAUUCGGCAGUUUUUUGAGGAAGGUUAUCUGGUUGUUGAUGAAUUCUUCACGAGAGAAGAAUUAGAUGCAUGUAGAGAAGAUUUGAAACUUAUGGUAGAAGAACUUGCACAGAAGCUGCACAACGCUGGAAAGAUCAAAAAGUUAUACAGGGACUAUGGUUUAUUUGAGAGACUUACGAUGAUCGAAAAAGAAUUUCCUGGCGCAAAUAUUCUUUUACACAAAUUGAAGAAAAUGCCAAAGUCUUUCUCUGAUUUGUGGUCGAACGAGAAGAUUCUAAAUGUAAUGGAACAGAUACUCGGUCCAGAUAUAAUGGGUCAUCCGGUUUGGAACAUUCGAACCAAAACUCCUCAAAAUGAGGCUACAACUGUUCCUUGGCACCAAGAUGUUGGUUAUUUGAAUAAUGAGUCUUAUAAAGUUCUGCAGCCGACCGCCUGGAUACCGCUCCUAGAUACAAACGAAGACAAUGGGUGUUUACAGCUGGCAAGACGUGGCCAUAAGACAGGAAAAGUAGCGGAUCACCAGUGUUGCUAUGGAGGUACAUGGUAUGUUAUGUUAGAGGAAGAAGAAAUGAAAAGAAAGUUAGAAAUUGAUUUAGAUAAUGACUUGAAGAUAUGCCCUAUUCCUUAUGGAGGUAUGCUGUUGUUUAACAAUCUUGUUCCUCAUAGAAGCCUUCCAAAUAUGUCCAAAAAAAUCAGAUGGAGUCUUGACCUUCGAUGGCAACGACCUUCGGAGCCAGUUGGCUUUUAUGGUCUGAAAGACGGUAUUCUGAUGAGAACAUCGAAAGAUCCCAAUUAUAAAAUUGACUGGGAAUCAUUUAACAAAGUCGACAGACACCAAGCACAGAAGAAAUCGAUUGAAGAAAAUGAAAAUGCUACCGAAGAUGAAUUUGACACAACAAUACAAGGUCCAUGGAUGAAGAAAUGGGAAAUAGUUCAUGUCAACAGGCACAUAUUAGAACAUAGAAAGAAAGAAGGAAACCCGGAAACGUGGACAAAAGCAUAGGAUACAUAUGUGCUACUGUGGGCUGUAUUUACUAUUUACUCAAACUCCGAAACAAUGAUUACGUCGUCUCUACUACGUCAGUUUGCAAGUGACACCGCCAUUAUUUCGCUGUGUAGUGCUUACUUUGACUUCGAACAUGUUGAGAGAUAUUUUUUUAAGUUUCCUUGCUACAAAACAUGUCGUUAACUCAUAUCAAUAAUCAAGAAAAUAAAGAUAAUACUAAAGUUUACAGCUA